AGAACCCCCGAAACUCGAAACCGAUCUCCAAAUUCUAAAAUGGACCUUCGGCAAUUAAUCUCCGACCAAACCGACGUCUCACUCUCUCUCACGGCACACGUGUCAUCCAUCGAAGCCACCACCACAAACCUGGUUCUCUCCCCUCUCUCGCUCCACGUCGUACUCAGCCUAAUCACCGCCGGCUCCUCCGGUUCAACUCGCGACCAGGUUCUCUCCUUCCUAAAGUCCAAAUCCUCCGAUGACCUCAACAAGCUUUCUUCCGACCUUGUUUCUCUCGUCUUCGCCGACGGAACCGCCGCUGGUGGGCCCAAGUUGAGUUUCGCUAAUGGCGUUUGGGUCGAUCAAACUCUGCCUUUUAAAUCCGGGUUUAAACAGAUUGUUGAUGAUCUUUAUAAAGCUGCUUCUAAUCAAGUCGAUUUUCUCAACAAAGCAGUUGAAGUGGCUUCUGAUGUGAACUCAUGGGCUGAAAAGCAAACUAGUGGACUCAUCAAAGAGUUGCUGCCUCCUGGGUCUGUUGAUAACUCAACCAGGCUCAUCUUUGCAAAUGCGUUGUACUUCAAGGGAGCAUGGAAUGAGAAAUUCGAUGCAUCUAAAACAAAAGAAGACGACUUCCAUCUUCUAAAUGGAAACUCAAUUAAAGUGCCUUUUAUGACUAGCCAUAAGAAACAGUUCAUCAGAGCUUUUGAUGGGUUCAAAGUCCUUAGUCUUCCAUACAAACAAGGAGAAGACAAACGACAAUUUUCCAUGUAUUUCUUUCUUCCUGAUGUAAAAGAUGGACUUCCAGCCUUGGUACAGAAAGUAAGCUCUCAAUCUGGGUUCCUGAAUGGACACCUUCCAGUUGAAAAAGUUGAAGUGGGCGAUUUUAGGGUCCCUAAGUUCAAGAUUUCAUUUGGAUUUGAAGCUUCAAAGAUUUUGAAGGGAUUAGGAGUUGAAUUGCCCUUUACAGAGGGUGGCCUUACUGAAAUGGUAGACUCACCUGCGGCUAAAAAUCUCUACGUAUCAAGCAUUUUCCAGAAAUCCUUUAUCGAGGUCAAUGAGGAAGGUACAGAAGCAGCUGCUGCUUCUGCUGCUGUUGUAGCUUUAAGGGGAAUAAGGAUCCAAGAGAAGUUAGACUUCGUGGCUGAUCAUCCAUUCAUGUUCCUUAUACGAGAAGAUAUGACUGGAGUUGUGCUAUUCACUGGCUAUGUUAUGAAUCCUCUCCAGAGUUAAAAUGUUGAUGUUCUGAAUAUCAAACUCUCUACAACCAUAUAUCAGUUUCGUCCCUUUCGUUUAAUUAACCAGUCCUUCAUUUAUUUAUAUUAUCACACGUUAUGCAUAAUUUUCCCAUUUUCUGUAGUGCCUUUACUGUGUGUACUGUCCAUGAGAUUUUGGUGUAUGGCUGCCAAUAAUUUAACCAACUUUUGUUUGA